AUACAAAUGUUGAAAUUAAUUGGCAUGUUAAAAGUAUGUAUAGACACCUCAAAGUUACUGUCAAUUGAUGCUCAGUUUUGGAGUCCCUAUAAUGGGUUGACUCUGGUCCAAAGCUGAGGGACAGACACCUUGGUAGGGAGGAAUGUCCUACAAUAAAUCCUGUCUAAAAUGGAAGUUAUUUCAAAUGAAUUAAUGGAAGCAGAUUUUCCCUUCUUAGAAAUGCUGUGGUAGUGAGAGAAAACUAUAUAACCGCUCAUCAACAUGACCAUCAAAAUCUGUCUUGAUGUCAGUUUUUUUUCCUUUAUGGCACAUAUUGAUCACUUCAAACAUUGCUGAAGCACAGUGUGUAUCUCUUGUAUUUCCUGUAGAACAGGCUGUCUAUAACAGACCACAGCCAGCUGAUAAAUCACGGUCCAAGGAAGGCAAAGACACAGUGGAAGCGUACCAGCUUGCGCAGCGUUUGCAAUCCAUGCGUACAAGAAGACGGCGAGUCCGAGACCCUUGGGGAAACUGGUGUGAUGCUAAGGAUUUGGAAGGGCAGACAUUUGAGCAUCUGUCCGCUGAAGAAUUAGCAAGAAGAAGAGAAGAAGAAAAACUGAAGCCUGCAAAAUCAUCUAAAGGUUCAAGACAAAUAAAAAGUUCCUUUGAUCCCUUUCAGCUGAUACCAUGCUGUUUAUUCACUGAAGAAAAACGGGAACCUUUUCAGGUGAAAGUGUCUUCAGAAGCACUUUUAAUAAUGGAUUUGCACUCACAUGUGUCUAUGGCAGAAGUAAUAGGGUUGCUAGGUGGAAGAUACUCUGAAGCUGAUAAAGUUGUAGAAGUUUGUGCAGCAGAGCCAUGCAAUAGCCUCAGUACAGGACUGCAGUGUGAGAUGGAUCCUGUAUCUCAAACUCAGGCCUCAGAAACACUUGCUGCCAGAGGAUACAGUGUUAUUGGGUGGUACCAUUCCCACCCAGCAUUUGACCCCAACCCCUCCAUACGAGAUAUUGACACUCAAGCUAAAUAUCAGAGUUAUUUCUCCAGGGGUGGUGCCAUGUUCAUUGGAAUGAUUGUAAGUCCUUACAACCGAAAUAAUCCUCUUCCGUAUUCUCAGAUCACUUGCCUGGUGAUCAGUGAUGAGAUCAGUUCUGAUGGCUCCUACCGCCUGCCCUACAAAUUUGAAAUACAGCAAAUGUCAGAAGAACCUCAGUGGGAAUUAAUAUUUGAAAAAACAAGAUGGAUAAUUGAAAAAUACAGAUUCUGUCACAGCAGUGUCCCCAUGGAUAAAAUUUUUCAUAGAGAUUCUGACCUGACUUGUUUGCAAAAACUGUUGGAGUGCAUGAGGAAGACUUUGGGCAAGGUAACAAACUGCUUCAUUGCUGAAGAGUUCUUGACUCAAAUAGAAAACUUAUUCCUUUCCAUGUACAAGAGUGAAAAGAAGAAUAAUGCUGAAGAAAACAGGAAUGAAUGUUCAAGUGAAUUAGAAUCAUGAGUUGGAAAAGACCUACCAGGUCAUCCAGUCCAACAGUCCACCUAUCACCAAUAAUUGUCACUAAUCCAUGUCCCCUCAACACAGCAUCUAAAUGUUCCUUGAACGCUUCCAGGGUUGGUGCCUCCUCCAUGGGCCCAUUCCAGUGCCUGACCACUCUUUCAGAAAAGCAGUAUUUCCUGACAUCCAGCCUGAAUCUCCCCUGGCACAACUUGAAGCCAUUGUCAGUGUGAUGGCUUAAACAAAACAAGUCUGGAUUUAUUUAUUUUAUUUUUUUAAUGCUUAUUUCACCCACUGGUUUCUUUUCCUUCUUGCAUUAUGUCAACACUUUCAAAAGUGUUACCCAUUUUAAUACUAAUAGUUUUAAGUAUUCAGUCUCUUUGUUAUGGUUCAAAGAAACUGAAGAACUCCCAGGGAGUGUGAUCAGGCCACAUGAAGAGCAUUUGCUAUCAACAUAUAGAGAAACCACGUAUCACAGGGUUAGUGAAUUAUACCCCAGCCUGGGUUUGGGGAGAAGGACAAGCUGCCCACAGUACUGUGCUUCAGUCUUCAAGGAGAGUUCUCUUAGAUCUUUCAGGUUGGGAAUUUUGUUUUCAUGUAUUUUUUUUUUUUUAAUUGACAGGCAUAUAUAUCUGACACUCAUGGAUUUGUUCCUUAAUGCUUUAAGAGUCUAAGUUCAAGUGAAUUCACAGAAGGGGAGCUGACCACUUUACUGAGAUGAGCAAUGUGUAGCUCAGAGUAGCUGUUUGGCAUAUUCUUUGCCAUCUUGCUUUUAUUUUGUGUGGAGAAGGCUGGCAAGUUGUUGUCUUCUCAUUACUAGUUGUGCUUGUUUCCAGUGGAAAUGUUAACUCCUGUUUAUUACAGGUUACAGUCUUUCUGAUCUUCCAUUCUACAGGAAGAUAAUGUAUUUUUCUGUCAGAUCAUUGAGAUUUGCCCACAUUUAAUUGCCAGUGUUUCCUGUGGAAACGAGCUCUUCAUUGUUGGCAAGCAUAGAGCAACAAACAGAAAAGUAUGUCUCUUUUGGGGGGGAGGGACGCAAAGAAAAACGUGCUUUAAAUGUUGCCCUCUAAAUCAAGAGAUUUGAUGUAAGUACACAGAUUUAUCUUGGGCAAAGUUUCUUAGAUCUGUCUAUGAAAUAUAUUUGAGAACAUGAAGCAAGCCAGAACUUGACUCCAUACUUACAGGGAUAAAGAUGGAUUUGAUUCUUAUUUGAAAAAUACAUAUGUAUGUAUAUCUACUUCUACAUCUAUAAAUGGGAUUUAAGAUUUUAUAUGUUUAAAUCUUCAGCUUUUCAUCUGAAAAGCUUUAAAAUUGUAUAGUUGUAUCCUAAUGAGGGAACUCCUUUGCAGAGUUUAGAACUACCAUUUUUUUUAUCAUGUCUCAUAAUGUCAGUUUCUAAGUGGAGAUGCAGAACAUGAUUGUGUGAAAGUUUGAGCAGUUGAUAUUUGAUGGUUCUCUCGGUGCACAUUUGAGGAUUAUGGUCUGAAAAAUGUUGGUGUCUGUUCUUUCUCUUCUCUGUCAAGUGUGUUUGUGCACAGUUUUAGAUCACACUGCUGUGUAUAAUUUACAAACUUGGUGCAUCCAUCUAUUUAAGGCAUGCUGACUCUGCAUAUAUUCUAAAUCAUCAUCUUUGGGAAUUCCUAAUUAAAAAUACUGCAUGGCUUUCUGUAUUUCUGAUUUAGACAACACUCUUGGUGACAAAGCAUUCUGUCCUGAGUUGGUUCUGGGAUGAUCUGCAGCGUGAGGAGUUUUCUACUCUAAAAAUACUCUAGAAAAAUCAUAUGCUAUAUAUUGUAUGUACUAAAAGCUGUAGUUCUCCUAUAAACUAGAAGAAAAUUUCAACCUCAUAUGUAACAGCAAUAUGAAGUAGAUGCCAUUCUUUGUCCAUAUACACAAAUAUCAAUGUUACCAGAGUAGUGGUAAGAACGUGCUGGCUGCUUUUCUGCUUAAGAAUUAAAGCAAGUUAAAGUACUACAGUUGUAUUAAUUGAUUUUAAGUCGCAGUUCAGACCUCCAGAGAAUACUGUGCAGAACUGAGCUUUUGAUAUGCAUUGCACACAAAGGCGCCAGGUUUCCCAAGGGUGAUUCUGGUACCAAAGGUUAUCUAUUGGCAAGGUUUCAAAGUGUAGGAAGGGUGUGGGGGGGGACACAAUAAGCUGCCACCAUAAUCCCAUGUGACCACAUCAUGUGGUAUGUGGAUUGGAAAUAGUGUAUUAUCAGGGCAAGUAAUAAUUUUGUGGGCAGGAGUCAGGUAAGAAAUACUCUGCUUUUUGUCAUUUAUUUUUGUCUUUGUGUCUAAUAAUGAGUUUGGAAGUUGUGUGCUUCUGAGAUGUAUGUUACUAAUACUGCUACCAAACACAUACAAGGCAUUAAAUAUGUUUAUUGAGAA